CUUGUUGUUUUAAAAAUCUAACGGGCACGUCACACUCAUCCCAGCAUCGGUAGAGACCGAACGGUUCAUCGAAUCGAAUCGAGUGCAAACAAGAUGGAGCGGUUUGUUGGUAAAUGGUGUCUAUCUGAUGUGGACUUCGACAAACUGAAGAUGCUGUACGUUUCCAAAAUGGGUACACCUGAAGCUGUACUAGACGAUCACAAAGAACAGUGGAUGAAAACCUACAUGGACGUCACGGAGAACGGAACUCAUUGGACGUAUGGCAAUGUACCAGGGGGAGAUACAACCAUGAUGUUUGACAAGGCAGACCAAACGUGCAAACUCAUCAGCAACAGAGGUGCCCAGGAGAGCACCUUUGAGAUGAAGGGUGACGCAGAAAUCUUCAUACUGAACCCUCAAGGUCUCAAGAUAACCAUCAAGGUGACCGGACAAGAGAUGAAAGUCACCCAAGCCCUCGAUGACGUCAGCGUGGACACUGUGUACACAAAGUCUUCGGAGUGAGAAACCACCGGCAUCCGGUCGACCAUCAACAGGGGACCAGAAUACAGGUAGCGCUACUUCGCCUUUAUCUGCAGGGUAACCUAUAUCCGUUGUUUUCUUAAGAACGGGAUAUUUUGGGAUAUCAAGUCAAAGGGCAGUGGUUGCAAAUCGCAAUACGUAAUGUGUAUUUUCAAAACAUGCAAUCUUGAACAACUAACGUCGACGUCGAUUGAUGAUAUCCCUAAAUAUCCUGUUUAUAAACAGUGGAUAUAGGUGACCCCAUGGAUAAAGGUGAACUAGUGUUACAGUGGGUUCUCUUCGCCACACAUUCACCUUUGCUAUCAAUGGAUAAAGCUAACGUAAUUUUGCAGUAUAGUGUUGAAUGUGCUAUUACGGAAGGUAGCCGGCUUUUGCGAUUGCCAUUUUAGCCAUUGCACCUGCUGUAAAGCAGUUUAAGAUUAGUUUUUUUAGAGCAAAUAGAGAGAUAAGCUAUUACGAUAGUGUCACUUUGUGGUGCAUACCUAAACUCAUAUUCAUAUUCAGGUCCGGAGUCAG